AUGAAGACUCGAUCCCGCGCCCAACACUCCGACGAUGAGCAGCCCAAGGUCGCUACCGAGGCGCCGAAGAAAACUCUCGCAGCCACCAGUGCCGUCGAUAAAAAAGGCACCUCUGCCUUGCAUACUUCCUCGCCCAUCCCGGCCAACAAGUCUGCUAUGACCACCGCCACGUCUCGACUUCCUUCGUAUCGACACACUCCUUACGGUACCAUCGCCUCCAAGUCUACUAUGCUCAAGGCAUACUACAAGGAAACUAAGGAUGCUUGCUUUGGUGAUAUUGGAAGCGGCCAGGACAAGAAGAAGAAGAAGCUGGCGCCUCCUGUGGGAGAUGAUGACGAGGAGGAACUAUUGUGGUUCGAUUGA